GAGGAGGACGUUUCUCGUUUUAGAGAACAUGAGCGACACAGAUCAGGAGAAAUGCUGAGACUGUUGGUGAAGCAGAGACUCCAGGCGGCUUCUGAACGCACUCUGGGGCUGAUUGACAGAUUCACAGCAGAUUAUGAGGAGGAAGUUUCUCGUUUGAGGGAAAAUGAGCGACGACACAAACUCCUGGAGGCCGUGUUCAACCCUCGAGUUCAGCUGCACAGAUCAGAUGUCCAGCAGCUGGUUUGGAUUAAACCAGAUGUCCCCCCUGAGGACCAGGACCAAGAGGACCCAGAGCCCCUCCACAUAAAAGAGGAGCCGGAGCCCCUCCUCAUAAAAGAGGAGCCGGAGCCCCUCCACAUAAAACAGGAGCCGGAGCCCCUCCUCAUAAAAGAGGAGCUGCAGGAUCUCUGGACCCGUCUAGAGGGAGAUCAGCUCAUUGUGCUGGAGGAGGCCGAUAUCACCAAGUUCUUAUCCACUGCUGUUACUGUGAAGAGUGAAGAUGACGAACCUCAGACCUCACGGCUUCAUCAAAGCCAGACGGAGAACAACAAAGAGGCGGAGCCUCCCGCCUGCAGCUCAGCUACACCAAUACAAACAGAAACUGAUGGAGAGGACUGUGGGGGAUCAGGACCAGACAGGAACCUAAAUCCACAUCGUCAUUCACAUCCAAAUGCUGAUGAUGAAGAGGCUUCAGACUCUUCUGAGACUGAGGUCAGUUGUGGUGAUUGGCAAGAAGCUUUGUCAGAUUCUGGACCUGAAAGUGAAGACGGGGACAAUGUCUGGAAGGAGCCCAGGGCACCUGAGUCUGCUGCACAUGCCCUGAAAUAUAAGGAAGCUCUUGUAAGUCAUGUGGGAUGUAACACUGGCAACAAAUCCAAUGAAUCACGAUCAAAAGAGCUCAUGAGAGAGAAAGCAUUCAGGUGUGAUGAUUGUGGGAAAAGAUUUACACAACAGGGAGAUCUGAAGAAACACAUGAGAAUCCACACAGGA